AUGGCGGUUGUUGUUGCCGAAAGUAACUCAGAUCUUAGACAGCUUUUCCAAAUCAUGUCGCCAUGCUUUACUCCAGAAGAAUCAGAGAACGUUUUGCUGUCUUUAAAACAGAGUUAUGGUGGGAAAUUUAACUCUCUGGACAAUUCCGAUUUGUUGAAGUGUUUCCAUCUACUAGAGAAGCAUGGGUACGUGACUGAAAACAACCUCAAACUAAUCGAAGACUUCAUUGCUCUGAAAUCGAAAAAAAGAGUACUUAUUGAGGACGCUAUAAAAAGUUUUAAAGCCUCUCAUCCGGUUACAGCUGAUCAAGAGAAGAGAUUGCGUGGGCGGAACGAUGAAAUCACGAAAAUCAACAGAAAACUGGAAUCAAAAGAUUCUGCAGCUUUAAACUUGUAUGGGUCGUCAGGUGUAGGAAAAACAAAACUUGCAAAAGAGGUUUGCUCACAAUGGCGAGGAAUUUAUCGUGUUUUUGAUCUUAGAAAGGUAAAGGAUAUGAGAGCGAUUUAUUACAGCAUAUUACAUAUUCUAGAACUACCUGUCCCAGUGGGUUAUGUUGAACUAAAGAAUGUUGUGGCCAAAGUUCAAGAGAAAAUUGAAGAGUUGCAGUCGAAACGAGAGGGACAUGCUGUUCUGUUUAUGCUGGAUAAUGUGGAUCGAUUUACUGCAGGAGAAGGAAAGGAGGGGAAGAACUUGAAAACAGCUUUUACACAGUUUUUAGAGAAGCUUUUAGCGAGCAAAGACAAAAGAUCCAAAUUGAAACUACUUCUUACAUCAAGGACUCAAUUAAGAGAUUCUAAAAGGGUGGAAAAUUUUGAGGUUAAGCCUCUAAAAAGAUCCUUUUCGGAAAAAAUUCUUUUUCCUGCGGGGACGCUUGACGUCCAACCCCAUCAGAUGGAUAAAUUUAUUCAGGCCACUAAAGGAUCUCCCCUUUUUCUGGAAAUACUGGAUCCUAUUUUACGACAAGGACGGAAGUCUGUUGAUGAUCUCAUUGUGAGACUCACUCUUACUCCAAAGAAAUCAAAAGUGGAGGAAGAUGCUUCAGAAAAGCCAUUCGAUUUUGAAGAAGAUGGAGUAGACAUGGUCCAGAUGUUUGUAAUGAGAGAAUCAUUUGACACACUUCCUACUGAGAGUUUAAAGGUAUCUGCAGUAGUGAUUUCCUUGUUUCAUGGACCUUUCACUGUAUUAACAGCUGCCAAAGUUCUUGGUAUUGAUCAGUCAGAGGCUAUCGCUUUGUUAGAGGGACUUGUAGCCAGCCGAAUCAUUUUUGUAGUCGAUGAAGAGGCAAAAGAAAGGAAGUAUGACAUUCACCCACUCCUACAGAAGUAUGCUGAUAGUAUCACAAGUCAGGAAAACUUCUGUGUUCCCUACCUGGAGGCAAAGGCACGCUUUUAUGAACUUUUCAUGCACAGGAUGGAGGAAAUUGCCAAAUACAUAGAGCCAGACUAUGUCAAAGCAUUCCAUUUGUUUGAGACAGACAGAGGAAACUAUGAGUUCACUGUUGACAUAUCCCUACAGCCAGAAUAUUUCAGUGUUCCAGGUGAAUUCCAUAAAAAUGCUUUGAUUGCUUCCCUUUUUGAAGCAAUGCUGAAUGACAAACAAAUUGAGGUGUUUCAUUCCUGGGCUGAGAAGUGUGAAGAAGAUGGAAAAACAGGCUCUCUCACACGAGAACAGUUGAAAUGCUGGGAAGCAAAGCAAGUUCUUGAUGUCCAUGGAACAGAGAAAGCAUUAGAAGUAUUGGCAACAGCUUUCUGUUCACUGGAGGAAGUUAGAGACAAAUCCAGUAAUUUUUUUAAGCUAACCAAAGGACUUUAUUUGUAUUCUGAGGGUGAGAUCCUUUGGAGAAAUGGAGCCUUUCAGAAAGCACUUAAAAGUUUGGAGUCAUCCUUGGAGUUCUCUGAGAGUCUGCUGAAGGAGCACACAACUCUUGCAAGGUGCUACAAUGCUAUUGGAAAUUGCUAUUCCAGUCUGGAAGAAGAAGUGAAAGCACUUGAGUUCUACAAUAAAGCAUACAAUAUGCAAAAGAAACUGGCAGGCUCUGAACAUCACUUUGACAUUCCGAUUUACAAGAAUCAAAUUGGAGCUGCUUAUGUGGGUCAAGGAGAAUUUAAAAAAGCAACCAAGUGUUACAAAGAUGCCUUGAGCCUUUUAAAAGAACUCAAACUUUUAGGAUCGUGGGAUGAAGCACAGUUUCUAAGAAAUCUUGCCAAUGCUUACAUUCACAGAGAGAAGUAUGAAAAAGCAGUUGAACCUGCAGCUAGAGCUUAUGCCAUAAGGAUGAAGAUCCUUGAAAAUCACCCCCUAACUGUGCAGAGCAAAUACCAACAAGCACUGAUUCAGUGGUACUUGAAUGAAGAUGAGAAAUCUUUGCAGCUAUUUCUUGAAGCAUGGAAGAUGGAGAAAGCACUCGAUGCAGGAAACCACAGUCCAGUAUGGCAAGACAUUAUUGCAAAUGUUGAGACAUUGUACGAUAGUUUAAGGAAAAGAAAUCGAAAGAAACAGUUUAGAAAAGAAGCUCUGGAAUUUUGUGAACGUCUCUGGGAGGAGAGGAAAAGCUCAGCAUUGUUUUGCUUUGAUGGUUUUGAUAAAGAAAUAAUUGACACCAUUUUGCAACUUCUUGGUGACAAGAAAGACAAGUACCAUAUAUACAAAGCAGAAAAGGAACAAUUAUCCGAAAGAUAUAGUGCUGCAAAGGAAGAUUUUCAAGAAGAGUCUGAUAAGACCCAAAGUGUUCCUCAUCACUUACUUGCAGCCUCUGAAGGGGACAAAGUACCUGAUACCAAAUCAAAAGAUGGAGAAGAUGAGGAGGAAGAAAUUGAAGUGGAGAUAUCAGAUGAAGAAGAUACUACACCAAACCCUGCAGAUACCAAAAAGACUGUGAUCAAGAGAGAUAGAAUAACCGACAAGGGAGACACAUGGAAUCUACCAGAGGCUGGUGCAUUUAUCACAUUUUGCCCAGGAAUCAUGAAAGAACCCUUGUGGAUCUGUUGUUCCUUGUGGAGUCCCAGGUCCCUCUCUCCUCCCAUAGACAGUAAUGAGCUCUUAGUGAGCAAUGUGAUUGAACUAUCUCGUGAUGGCCCACCAACUCUAGAGUCUAUGGAAGAUGCUACAGGAAGCAUAACAGUGGGUUUGUUGCACAGUGCCUCUGAUUUUAAGGGAUAUGAAGUGGUUAUUAAGACACUGGUUGACCCAGAAAGCAACGAGUGGUAUGAUUUGGAAACUAGAAUCGUUUGGGAUACAGCAGAGAUGCGGCCAGCCAUUUCCAAGUGGACGUGCCCUUACGCUGAAGCUACUUCUACAAUAACCCGUUUUUCCUCUUUCGCCGUGAUUUGGCGCCUCAAGUCUUUUACGUUUCCAAAGCCAAACUCUAUGACCCCUGAGUUUAUCUGUUCAGUGCCAGACUAUCCAAACGUCAGUAUUGUAAUCCCUUGGAACUCUCUUCCUGAGAGCACCGACUUCUGCUUGACUCUGAAGAUUCAAGAACCACCAAGCACUGACCAUAAAAGAGAGGAAGUGUUAGUUGGUCCGAUUCUUCACGUAUUGUGCUCGCAUGAAGUGAAGCUUUCGGAGCCAGCGAAAAUAAACCUUCCUCUUGAAUUUUUCGAAGGGAAAAGAGAACUGGUGCAUUCCGGUCAGUGGAGGAUAUUUCACUUUCAACAGGAGUGGGCGGACAUCACAGAUCAGUUGGAGAUGUCCGUCUCCCUUUCGGAUGGAAUAGUGACAUUCAAAGUGAAAGCUUUCUGCCGGUUUUGGCCUUUGAUAGCCACUGUUAAUGCUGGUGAUAUCUCUAAUCUGGACCGGAGAUCCAUGAGACAACGAGCUGGAUUUUUAGCUUGCAUUUGUCGUGAUGACGAGAGGUUCUUGCUGAAAUUAUUCUGUUUUCCUUUGAAUUGGAAAUCCAAAGUGAAUGAGUACAUUUCAUGUUACAAUGUGAUUUAUCAAGGCGAUGGAAACUCGAAGAAACCGCUAUUCAACGAGGACCAAACGUUUGUGUCUCUUUCGGAAGGACUGAAGGUGCACGGAGAAAAAAAUAUUGAAGACCUUUCGUUAACGUUUUUCGGGGAUGGAGAAGACCAAGAAAAUGUGUACGUUACCAUUAGGGAUAAAAGUAACAUGUCAGUAGACUUCUUGAAAUGGCUGAACGCUGAAGGGAAAAGAGACCCCGAAUGGAUAUGCAAAGUUCCUAUGAUUCGAAGAUUUUCUCCGCAGGAUCCAUCUUCAUGCGCUCAGUACAUUCCAUGUAAAACAUUACUCAGGAAAACAGAAAUGAUGAAAACCCCAGUGGAGUUUUUUGGCAUUCCAGUUAAUGAUGAAAUCUUGUCAAAUCCGCGGGCUAGAGACGUUCUCGCGAUUGGAAAACAAUUCGUUGGUUCAGAGGUGUAUGAAGAUCUCCUUCACCGCCUUGAAAAAGCCAGUCUGAAUGAAAGGCAGACAAUACAAAGCUUCUUUGAGAUUCUUGCAGGAUUGAAUAUCGAAUUCCAAAAUGGGUGCUUUGACGCACUUGUCAAGAAACUGAGUACCCAUGGCGGAUACCAACAUGUGGCUGAUCGACUCAAGGAAGGUAAAGAUGCUGUUUGCAAAUCAUUGCAAACGAAUCGGGAAGUGAAGAAAAUUGUAUCAGAAAAAGUGGAGCAUGAUUGGAAGAGCCUGGCGAGAGAGCUGGGGCUUACAGACGGAACAAUUGAUGCGAUUUCUGAGGAAGAGCAAAAUAAAUGUGGAGAAUGCUGUUAUAAAGCUCUACAAUGAUGGUGUGAAAAGAACGGGGCUUCGGCCACUAUCAGAAGAGUCAUGAUCGCUCUGAAUAGAAUAGGAUUAGCGGACAUCAACAACAACAUUGUAGAUUGUCUUAGUUUGAGUUGUCUGGAUCAAAGUUAGACUCAGAGAACUGAUAAAAUUGAAAGAAUUAAGCAUGCAAUUGGUAACUUAAAAGACGUAACUGUGUACUUCAUUCAAUGCACAACGCACUUUGUUACACAUACAACGAAACGAGCAAUCACGUGAUGCCAAAUUUGUCACGGUCAGGAAAACAUCAUUCCCACACUUCCACGGACAAUGGAAAAUUUGCAUGAUUUGAUAAUGGAACUUUGUCAUGCGUACACAUAUGCAGAAAAUUGGCUUUAGAUUAAGACUAAUAGCUAAAAUUGAAAGUCUUUGGUAAAUAUCUGUAAAAUUUUGAAUUUUUCAAAGUUUGAGAUCUUUGGAUAUGGUUCAAAAGUCUGGCACUUUGAUUUUAAAAUAUUUUAUGCGAGAGGGAGAGUUUACCACUCAGCUUCUUGCUUUUAUCCUGAACGUAAAAACGUUAAAACUUUGCUCUUUAGUAUCAGUGGUCUCAAAAUUGGAAAUUCAGCAGAAGGAAAUUUUCGAGUUGCAAGAACACUUACUUCGAAAAUGAGGCCAGGUGCAAAAUCCCUCUCGCCGUGAAAAUGAGUUUUAUUCUAUGAGAGCAAAAAAAAACAAUUUCAUAUCAAAGUUUCGCAUAUAUCCGUCCUUUUCAGGUGUAAAGGGGCCCCGAGCAUAUCGGCGAAAGGGCUCUUAGCUUCACACUCUUUCCAUUCUCUGUAUCAAAAAGAUCUUUAAUAAGGACAUGGUAACAUGGAAAUGUCACCGAAAGGUGCUUUCUUAGACCUUCCUAGGUUAAUUUUAAUACGAGAUAUUCUUUAAACUUUGUUCAGAUCAGUAGAAAACUGAUCAUUUAAGGCUGACUGCAUUUUUUGGAGCCCAACAUUUUAAAGAAUAUUAUGCCCAAAGCAAAUUUUCAUCUAAGUUUGUCUGACAGGAUAGACUUGUUUGGUUGUAUACGUAAAUACUCGUAAGUAGAUCAGUAUUUGUACUACCAGGAGCCAAGUUUUAGUCGGGGAAAAGUGUACCAUACGAUGAUUACACACUGACAAAUUGUUGUCAUGAAAAGAAUAUGGCUUAUGAAAUAACUUAUUAACAGAAAAAGUGAGCUACUAAAUAACUAUUUAAGAAUGCUUAAAUAUGAAAUAACGAUGCUUUUUUGCAAUUUUUCUCAAUGAUCUCUCCAUAUCAAGCUAUGAUGUUUAUAAUUUUUAGCAGA